UUGGAAGUACUAGAUGUAGGUUCCUUUAGGAGCAGCAGGCAUCCGUCACUCGACAAUUUGUUGCCCAAGACUAGACUACUUUGUUUAUAUUUCAAUCUGUUGCCCAAACAAACGACAACUACCUAGGUACUUCUUUGCUUCGUGUUGUCGGGGUGAUCUAGGCCACCACUUUAGGCAGAUAUUUCAGCCCACUGCACUUCAUCUCUAGAUUACUUUAGCAGUUGCCUUCCUAAGAUAAAACAACUAUCAUAUUGCACUCUUAAAACGCAAUACUUCGUAAUUCGCGUUCUUCAACAUUGUCCUGGUUAAUAUCCUAACUACCUGGGAUAACUUAUUACCAAAAUGGUACUCUCUUUUAACGCGGAGACCCUGAAUGGGCUCUGCUCUAAGGACCAGCUCGAGCUGUUGGAUUCCAUCGACCAUUUACGUCUUCAAGGGAUCGACCACUACAUAUCCCUGCCGCAGAUAAUUGUCUGUGGUGAUCAAUCCUCCGGCAAGAGUUCUGUGUUGGAAGCUAUCUCAGGAGUGCCUUUCCCAGUCAAAAGCAAUCUUUGUACCUGCUUCCCUACAGAGCUUGUUCUUCGACGAGCUGCCGAAACCGGGGUAACUGUUUCCAUCAUCCCCGACAAUCCUCUCAAGUUCUCGACGCAGAAUGGCCUUCACACAUUCCACGAAGAACUUGAAGGCUUCGAAGGCUUCCCGGAUCUGGUUGAAAAGGCUAAAGUGUCCAUGGGAAUUUCGACUUCGGGGAAUGCCUUCUCGAAAGACCGGCUCAGAGUUGAGAUCACAGGCCCAGAUCGUCCCCACCUCACGAUUAUCGACAUGCCGGGUCUGAUUCACUCAGGAACGAAAUCGCAGAGCGAAGCUGAUGUCAAACUGGUCAGACAAGUCGUCGAAAACUACAUGAAACAACCUAGGAGUAUUAUUCUAGCAGUUGUCUCUGCGAAGAAUGAUUUUGCGAACCAGGUAAUAUUGAACCUGGCUCAAAAGGUCGACAAAACAGGUAGUCGUACCAUAGGAGUCAUCACGAAGCCGGAUACUUUAGUGCCUGGUUCUGGUAGCGAGUCUACCUAUGUCUCACUUGCUAAGAACGGCGAAGUGAAUUUUGACCUUGGUUGGCAUGUUCUCAAAAAUCUCGACUCAGAAACUCAGAAAGGAUCCUCUCUCCUGGGCAAGCGAAAUGCAGACGAGGCACAGUUCUUUUCUAAAGGUGUUUGGAAGGACCUCCCCUCGUCGAUGUUGGGGAUUAAUGAGCUUAGAAAGAAACUCAGCAAUAUUUUACUCCAUCAAAUUGCUCUUGAACUGCCAAGUCUGAUCCACGAAAUUGACCUUAAGCUAAAGGAAUCCCGCGACCAACUUGAGGAUCUUGGAGAACCGCGACGCACUCUCGACGAACAGCGACUUCGACUCUUACAGAUCAGUCAAGAUUUCCAGUCAAUCGUUGAACGAUCUAUCAGCGGAACAUAUAAUGACGCAUUCUUUGAGGACGCUGAGACAUCUCGAGGGUACCUCCAACGGAUCCGCGCCGUCGUGCAGAGCUUGAAUAGAGAAUUCGCAGAGGAGCUUACCAAACGCGGCCACAAACGCGAGGUUUCAGAUAUAAAGACUCCGAAUCCCCAUGGCCCAGAGUAUAUCACUAAGGAUAAGCUUCUCAGUCACAUUCAGACUGUGAUGCAAAGGACUCGCGGCCGGGAGCUCCCUGGAAUCUUUAGUCCCAUGGUUGUGUCCGACUUAUUCCACCAACAAUCGUCACCAUGGGAAAAGAUUGCGCAGGAUCACGUUGAGAAGUCUUGGAAGGCCGUGGAGACAUUUAUAGAACAUGUUGUGCUCUAUGUUGCGGAUAUGCCGAUCGGCAGGUCUCUACUUGACCAAGUGUGCCAGUCCGCCCUCAGUGAUCUUCUUGCGGAAGCCAAAACCAAGACUACCGAGCUACUUAAUUCGCACCGGCGACUUCACCCCAUCACCUACAACCGGGAGUAUGUGGAGACUAUCCAGAGAAUUGGUAAAUCUCAAAGGGAUACGUUCUCGAGAAUCAUACAAGAAUUCUUUGGGGUGUCGUCUCUCUCGGGGUCAAUGUAUCUGAACCAGGACAGAUACAACUUUAACACGCUCCUUGAUAAGCUGGUUAAAACAGAGCCCGACGUUGAACGCCUUGCAGCCUCCGAGGCUCUUGAUCGCAUGGAUGCCUAUUACAAUAUUGCGCUGAAGCGAUUUAUCGACAGCAUCGCCACCGAAGUCAUUGAGCAGAAACUUCUCGGGGCUCUUUCUAACAUUCUUUCUCCCGUAGCAGUCUUCAGCAUGUCGCCAGACCUAGUAGAGCGCAUCGCUGGCGAGUCCCGAGAAAGUCGGAUGAUGCGAGAGGAGCUUACUAAGAAGAUCACUGUCCUUCAGAAAGGAUCAGAUACUUGCAAGCGUUUCGUCGACUCGAAACUAAGCGAUGAUCCGCCUUCCCACUCGGAAAAGGACAAGACUCAAGAAUGACGACUGAAUCAACAAGGCAGAGGAAGUAAUUGGAUGGGUGUUUAUGGAUGAGUCUACGAGACGGGUCUUUAACUUGGAUCCAUCCCAAUAUUCUUUGUAAAAACUCCCAAGCAUUCUCCCACGAAUACACGGAUACCGAGGGGCUUGAAUCAGCCCGUGACAACUUGACGUAUCUGUCAAAUGUAGUUAUUAAGUAGCUAUCUGCUAAAUCAUUACAUGUCUUAUAUCAAUUGUCUAGCUGUUUCGCUGAGCCUUCUCAAUACAACCCCCAAAGCUGUACAGGCCCUCCACUCUAGUGGUAUUGC